GAGACCGAAGACACAGUAGAACAUUCGCAGCGCUGUGAAGCGGUUGCAGAAUAGAGCAAAGCAGCAUACAAGUGACACAAGCACAAGGAUUACGAUUGGAUUAAAAGCACAAGGACCGCACGGGAAAGAAUCUAAUCGAUAUGUCUGUGGAAACGGUGCAGGAGACACUGCAGCAGGCUGCACAGCAAAGCGCCGCCAGUGGCGGUGGCUUCAGCCCCUUGCUGACAGGCUUGGUCGGUACGCUGGUGGUGCUGGCUCUCUACGAGUAUUGGCACCGAAGCAGUCGCGAGUACCGCAUGGUGGCCAAUAUACCGAUGCCACCGACUCUGCCAUUAUUGGGACAGGCACAUUUGGCAGCAGGUCUAAGCAAUGCUGAAAUUCUGUCUGUCGGUCUGGGCUAUCUGAACAAAUAUGGCGAGACAAUGAAGGCCUGGCUGGGCAACGUGCUGCUCGUCUUCCUCACCAAUCCCAGUGACAUUGAGCUGAUAUUGAGUGGACACCAGCAUUUGACAAAGGCGGAGGAAUAUCGUUACUUCAAGCCCUGGUUCGGUGAUGGAUUACUUAUUAGUAAUGGCCACCAUUGGCGUCAUCAUCGCAAGAUGAUUGCACCCACCUUCCAUCAGAGCAUUUUGAAGAGCUUCGUGCCCACAUUUGUCGAUCACUCCAAGAUGGUGGUGGAGCGUAUGCGCAAGGAGGCUGGCAAGCCGUUCGAUGUCCACGAUUAUAUGUCACAGACCACCGUCGACAUUCUCCUCUCAACAGCCAUGGGCGUGAAGAAGCUGCCCGAAGGCAACAAGAGCUUCGAGUAUGCCCAGGCCGUCGUCGACAUGUGCGACAUCAUCCACAAGCGUCAGGUGAAGCUUCUGUAUCGCUUGGACUCCAUUUACAAGUUCACCAAGCUGCGCGAGAAGGGCGACAAGAUGAUGAGCAUUAUCUUGGGCAUGACCAGCAAGGUGGUAAAGGAUCGCAAGGAGAAUUUCCAAGCGGAUACACGUGCUAUUGUCGAAGAGGUGGAGGAGACCCCCAAACAGCGUCCGGCUGCAACGAAGGAGGGAUUGCGCGAUGAUCUGGAUGACAUUGAUGAGAACGAUGUGGGUGCCAAGCGUCGUUUGGCCCUGUUGGACGCCAUGGUGGAGAUGGCCAAGAAUCCCGAAAUUGAGUGGAACGAGAAGGACAUCAUCGAUGAGGUGAACACUAUUAUGUUCGAGGGUCACGACACCACAUCGGCCGGCUCAAGCUUCACGCUCUGCAUGCUGGGCAUCCAUAAGGACAUCCAAGAGCGCGUCUAUGCCGAGCAGAAGGCCAUAUUCGGUGAGAAUAUGCUGCGCGACUGUACCUUUGCCGAUACCAUGGAGAUGAAAUAUCUGGAGCGUGUCAUACUCGAAACGCUGCGCUUGUACCCACCAGUACCCUUGAUCGCCCGUCGUCUGGAUCACGAUGUGAAGCUGGCCAGUGGUCCGUAUAUGGUGCCCAAGGGCACCACCGUGGUUGUGCUGCAAUAUUGCGUGCACCGCCGUGCCGACAUCUACCCGAACCCGACCAAAUUCGACCCGGACAACUUCUUGCCAGAGCGCAUGGCCAAUCGCCAUUACUACAGCUUCAUUCCAUUCAGUGCCGGACCCCGAAGCUGUGUGGGUCGCAAGUAUGCAAUGCUUAAGCUGAAGGUCCUCCUCUCGACCAUCAUACGUAACUAUAUUGUGCACUCGACCGAAACGGAGGCGGACUUCAAGCUGCAGGCCGAUAUCAUUUUGAAGCUGGAGAAUGGCUUCAAUGUGUCUUUGGAGCCGCGCAAGCACCAGGUGGUGGCGUAGAUUCGAGUCCCCAAAGAUUCAAUAGCAGCCAACCCCCCUCCUCCCCCCACAAAAAACCCUUCAUUGCGGCAGAGCUGAGGAUCGGCGAAAGAACAAAAACGCGAACGAAAAAAUUGACCACGAGCCAACGAACUAUGCGAAUAUCCCCAUGAACCAUGAGCUGUUGAACCGCUGCACGGACCCAAGCCGAAACCGAAAUCGAAACCAAAACCUAAUCUAUCCAGCAUCCAACCAGUUAGCCUGAGAGUCAAUCACAUGAGUUACGCGUGCACUGAAAAAUUUAGAGGAAGUUCAUUUGUUUAUUUUUUGGUAUAAGCGGGUGGUGACCAAUAUAUUUACAUACAUAUACACUUUCUUUUUUUUAAAACUCUA